AGCAACGACCCGCGGCACUGUUUCCAACAACGCAGCGACGCACUAUGACACUCCGCUGGACUUAAGCAAUAAGGAUUUCCGUCUUUACGCAACAAACUUUAAGCCUUGCAGAGUGUUUGCUGGUAGAGUAAAAGUUUGCGAAAGUUACCCUCUUGUUUUCCAAGAUGCCACGCUCUUUUCUGGUCAAGAAGCACAUAAACUCCACUAAGAAGCCAAAUUACAGUGAGCUCGAAAGCCCAACAGUGUUCAUCACCCCGCACUUCUACAAGGGCCUCCCCCUGUCCGUCAUCCCGCAGCCGGAGAUCCUGAGCCCGCCCGCCUACAGCCCCAUCACCGUGUGGACCACCAGCAGCCUGCCGCUGUCCCCGCUGCCCAGCGACCUCUCCCCCAUCUCCGGAUACCCAUCGUCUCUGUCUGACACCUCCUCCAAGGACCACAGCGGCUCAGAGAGCCCCAGGAGCGAUGAAGAUGAGCAGAUGCUCGCAAAACUGACGGAUCCCAGCGGGGUGGAUGUGGAGAAGUUUCAGUGCGCUCUGUGCAGCAAAUCCUACUCCACCUACUCUGGACUGCUGAAGCACAAGCAGCUGCACUGCGAUGCCCAGGCGAGAAAAUCAUUCAGCUGUAAAUACUGCGAGAAGGAGUACGUCAGUUUAGGAGCUCUUAAAAUGCACAUCAGGACUCACACCUUGCCUUGCGUUUGCAAGAUAUGCGGGAAAGCUUUUUCAAGACCAUGGCUGCUCCAGGGGCACAUCAGGACGCACACUGGCGAGAAGCCUUUCUCCUGCCCACACUGCAACCGGGCGUUUGCAGACAGGUCCAACCUUAGGGCUCACCUACAGACCCAUUCGGAUGUGAAAAAAUACCAAUGCAAGAACUGCUCCAAAACCUUCUCCAGGAUGUCUCUUCUGCACAAGCAUGAGGAAUCUGGCUGUUGUACAGCUCACUGAACUGGGAAUACAUUUCUGUGCCUUUAGUAGCUUUUUUUUCUUCCCCCAAAAAACUGCAGGAAAGGUGUCAGGGAAUUACAACAGCUAUCGCAGAACGCACAGGUGGUCCAAUUCAUUUCAAACUGAGAAAUAGCUCAGAUAUCACGUUUUUCUUUUUUUUCUUUUUCCAAUCAGCGCUCCUGAUUGCAAUCUGUUGAGCUCCUAUGGAAUAUACUAACCUACCUGUGCUUUUCAUGCACUUUCUGCUUGUUCAGAAAGUUUUCCAGGCCUUUACAAUGUUAUCUCUUCAGUGUUUGUCCCAACUUUUUUACACAAGCAUUAACCAAAAGCUGCCAUAUUAUUGGCAGUGUGACUGUAAACCAAUGUAAUACUAAAGCCAUUGCUACAUAGGGAACAAGUGCAAACUUAAAUGUAAGGAGAGUAUCAUUAACUUUUGCACAGUCUGUAGAAACAGCUGGCCAGCACUCUGAUAUAGCAGAACAAGUGCCUCACUUUUACUCUGCAACCUUAUGUAUUUUUCAGCCAAAGGGUGCCUUUUUUAUACAUAUUUUUAUAUAUUGAAUGUAAGUGUGACUGAGAUGAUUGUACAUUAACAGUGAAAGCUGUGAUGCUGAAUGAUUUUGAUAUUUUCACAUUUUUUUAUGACACUUUUAAAAAUAAAAGAUGUUUUUGUAUAAAUCC